AUGGCAUCAGCGCAUGUGAUGCUGAUGGCCCUAUGGGUCGUGACGUGGUUAACCGCACUCGCCUUCGUCCCUGCAACACUCGCUGCAAGCCCUGACACGGAGGAGCUGUUGAACCUCAAAGCGGCGUUCAUGGCGUCAAACCCCGCGGCGUUGCAGUCCUUCCCAGACGACAUCGACCCGUGCAGCGCGGAGUGGCAGGAGAGGAUCAAGUGCAACGAGCAUGGCCGGAUCAUAGAGCUCAAUCUCGCCAACGAGCUGCUCAAAGGGCCAAUCCCAGGCCGACAGCUGGCGCAGCUGGAUGCAUUAGAGCGCCUAAAUUUGGGGUACAACUCUCUGACUGGCCCCAUUCCCAAGGACCUUGGCUCUCUCAACGGCCUCACUUUCCUGUCGUUUGAGGCGAAUCAGCUGGAGGGGCCUAUCCCGGACUGGAUGGCGCCACUGCUCUCACGGCUCAUUGAAAUUCGCUUCGCCAACAACCAGUUCAACGGCUCUCUGCCUAGAAGCCUCGGCACCCUCCGGAAUCUAACCACCCUGGACAUGGGCAGCAACAAGUUAUCGGGCGAGCUACCACCACAGCUAGCCUACUGCAGUAACCUCAGACUCAUCUCUUUUCCAGCCAAUCAGCUGUCGGGUCCCAUCCCGGAGUGGCUAGGGAACCUCAAGCAGCUUGAAGUCCUGGAGAUGUACACCAACGGGCUCUCAGGCCCCAUCCCCUCCCAGCUGGCCCUUGCAGUGUCCCUCCACUCCAUUGCCAUGGACGACAACCAGCUCUCAGGGCUGCUCCCCCCCCGAGCUAGGGGACCUACCCAAAUUAUCCGCCAUUCGUUUUCUCUCUCAUCCCUGUGUGUCUGUUCUGUUGCUCUCCUGAAUUCCCUAUCCCCGCUUCCAUCACACCCCUAUCCCCGCUUCCAUCACACCCCUCUCUUCCUUUCCCUCCCUCCGACUUCUCCCACCAACAUGCCCUCUCCCCCAUGCCCUCUCUUCCUCCCACAUGCCCUCCCCCGCAUGGCAGCUAUGUGGCGAACAACAACCUGGAAGGCCCCAUCCCGGACUCAUACACACAUGCGCUCAAGAGUCCUCCCAAUGCGCUCUUCCCAUUCCCUCACCCCCAUGCCCUCCUCUUGCCCCACAUGGCAGCUAUGUGGCGAAAAACAAGCUGGAGGGGCCCAUACUGGACUCCUACACAUGCACUUAAGAAUCCUCCCCAUAUCUCCCUGCCAUGCCCUCCCUGCCAUGCCCUCCCUGCCAUGCCCUCCCCCCCAUGCCCUCCCCCACAUGCCCUCCCCCCCAUGCCCUCCCCUUCAUGGCAGCUAUGUGGCGAACAACAAGCUGGAAGGCCCCAUUCCGGACUCAUACAGCAAGCUCGAGUCGCUCAUGUACCUGUGCGUGCUGCUCUCUCCCUCUUGCCACGCUGCACUUGGGGACGUGAGCUACAACGAGGGUAUAAACGGCACUAUCCCAGAGUUUCUAGGGAAAAUGGCACGCAUCCAGUCCAUAGCCUUUGAGUAUUGUGACUUAACCGGCCCCAUCCCAGCCAACCUGGGCGAGCUGCAGAACAUAGUCGAGAUCUUCCUCGACAACAACCAGCUCACGGGGGACAUCCCGCCCUCCCUGGGUCAGCUCGUGACGCUCAACAAGCUCUUCCUCAACCACAACAUGCUCUCGGGGGCCAUUCCCGUGGAGCUCUGUCAACUCACCAACAUCUACGACCUGAAUCUGGCCCGGAACCAGCUUCAGGGGGGCAUUCCCGCGUGCUUGGCACAACUGCCGCACCUAGCAACACUAACCUUGUCUAUGAACCUGCUUACAGGCCCAGUCCCGGAUGUCACCAGCACCAACGCUGUCAAGUUUGAGUACAACGGCAACUGCCUUGACAACGUGCCGGACCAACAGGACGUCUGCGCCGCUCCCACCACCACUCCUCCCUCCACAGACGGAACCCCCCCUUCAACGGACGGGACCCCCACUGACGGAACCCCCACUGAUGGGACCACCGCCAAUCCCCCCACAGCUGACGGCACCACCACUGACGGCAGCAGCAGCGGUGGCGGCGAUGCUGCUUCCCAGGAGUAUCCUCCUCCCGCUGAGGCUGCUGCUGCUUCAGUCUCUGCUCCUCCCCCUCCUCCCCCUGCCAACCAAGGUGCGUUCAGCUUUUUCAUCUCAGGGGUAGCAGCAGCAGCGGUGGCAGCAAUGCUGCUUCCCAGUAGUCGCCUCCCCCAGCCAGGGCUCCACCACGGCAGCAGCGUGUGUUCUGUGCUGUGGGGCUUCUUUAUAGUCUUCAAAGCUCUCUGCAUCUCCCCUCUCGCCCUCUUCCCCCUCCCUCCCAUCCUGCCCCUUCCCCUCCCUUCCCCCUCCCCCACUCCUCUCCCCCAACCCCUCUUUCCUCCUCCACGUAUUCGACCAAUGUACGUCCCCUCUCUCCCUCCCUCCCCUCCGCCCUCCCCCCCUUCUCUCCCUCCCUCUCCCUCCUCUUUUCCUUCCUCUUCUCUCUCCUCUCUGCCUUCCUCUCCUCCUCCUCUCCCUCCUCUUCGCUCUCUAUUCCCCCUCUCUCCCUCAUUACAUCAGGGUCAACGCCAGUGCCCGGCAUAA